AUGUCAUCGUCAGCUACACCAACGGGGGCCACGCCAACUGGCACUCCCCGGCCGGAGCAACAGGCCAAGAAGAAUGCCGGAAAGAAGGAAGUCAAGAUACUAAUGAUUCACGGCUACACACAAUCCGGCCCCCUCUUCCGCGCCAAAACCCGCGCCCUCGAAAAACUCCUCGCCAAAACCCUCGCCCCCAUCUCCCUCCUCCCCGUCCUCUUCUACCCUACCGGCCCAAACCGCCUCCUCCCCAGCGACAUCCCCGGCUUCGUCUCCUCUGAAUCCCAAGGCGGCGACGCCAUUUCCGACCCGGCAGACCUCCCCGACACCUGGGGCUGGUUCCGCAAAGAUGACGGCACCAACACGUACCGCCUCUUCGACGAGGGCAUGGCCGUCAUCGCCCAGGCCAUCCACGACGCCGGCGGCAUCGAUGCAGUCUGCGGCUUCAGCCAGGGCGGUGCCAUGGCGGCCUUCAUUGCCGCUGCGUUGGAGCCUUCGAGGCCUGUUUUGGAAGGGCCGGCGGGAGAAUGGGCGCGCAAGCUGAGAGAGGCGAAUGACAACCGGCCUGUCAAGUUUGCCGUUUCGUAUUCGGGCUUCUAUGCUGCCGUGCCUUCGCUGCAGUGGCUGUAUGAGCCAAAGAUUAAGACGCCAACGCUGCACUAUAUUGGCAGCCUGGAUACGGUUGUCGACGAGAGCCGGAGUCAAGGACUGGUGGAUCGAUGCGAAGAGCCACUUGUUGUAGUUCACCCUGGCGGCCAUUACGUCCCAGUAUCUAAAGAGUGGGUGAUGCCUCUUGCUGGGUUCAUAAAAAACCAUGCCAGCGGCCAGGAAACAGAGUAAAACCCAAUGAUCCAGGGGAGGAAAAGAAAAGACUUAGUUGUUAGAUUUGUUGAGCGAUAGACACAAGCUAGAGUCUAGACGUAUUAGAAUGAUUUCGAUUUAAAGAGCAGGUUAAGAUGGGAAAUGGAAAUAUAGGACAUAGAUACAAGCCAUCACAUAAGCGUUAUAUAACCUCAGAUUCUUUUUUUUUUCCGAGACUAUCUAGACCUGUAAUCUUUAAAAGCCGCGAAAUGCCCGUUAAAGCCAUGUCUGCGAAUACCCCAUGUAAUAUUGCUCUCUUUCAAUGCACCGCGCAGAUCCCCGUUCCCCUCUAACAUCUAUUUAGAUCCCGUUGGCUGGAUACGUGCCAUCAUCUCCUCCUUUGUGAUAAGGUGAUCGAUUCUCUCCAAGUGCCCCAGUAGGCUCUUCAUGUUGUGGCUCCACUCAUUCAAGACAUCAUCUGCAUCUCUCGGCUUGGCGAAACUGACAAUCCGGGCUGGCCGAUCAAUCUUCGCAUACACAGUCUUGGAUGUGACUAAUUCGCUAAUGUACUUCUCCGUCUCAUCUUCUGCAAGGUCGAGAAGCUCGGUCAGGCGGCUCAUCUGGAUGCGAGUGUAGUAUUUGGCAAUGACCCUGACGUUGUGCUCAAUAACACGCUUUCGCAGGUCCUCCCAUCGCUGGUUAGCCUUUUCAUCUGCAGACUGUCCGGGCUGAGCGUCGAAAACGUCGGUGCCGCACAGGUGCGGGCCGAAUUUCUUGGAAACUUCCGGCCAUCGCAUCAGCUCGUGAACUGUGAAUAGCCGGAGAAGCUCGGCAUCGAGAGACACCUGUGUGUUUCGAGAGUCUCGUUGUAUGCGUUGAAGGAGAUCGUGUUGUUCGUUGUCGUAGGGAGCGAGGAUUACAAAGUAAAUGAUGCGUUGCAGAAC